AUCAUAUUUCAGCCGAGUCAUGGGGUACAGCACGAGCCGUAUCACGUAUCCCUCGUGUCGCCGGAGGUGGUACUCACCGUGCCGGUCAAGCGGCUUUCGGAAACAUGUGUCGUGGUGGUCGAAUGUUCGCUCCGACGAAGACCCACCGUCGCUGGCACCGUAGUGUCAAUAUCAAAUUGAAACGUCACGCGAUUCGGCGAUUGCUGCGAAUUCUAUUCCGGCUCUUGUGAUGGCUCGUGGACAUAAGAUUGAGAAUGUUCCUGAGUUACCUCUAAUGGUUAGUGAUUCAGCGGAGUCUGAUGAGCUAAGGAUAGUAUUGGGAUUAGGUCGGGUGUAGGUAAAUUGAGGAAUCGUAGGUAUGUUUUUUGUAUAGGUCCAUUGAUUGUUUAUGGUAAUGAGGGAGCUAAGUUGGUUAAGGCGUUUAGGAACAUUCCUGGCAUUGAUUUGUGUCAUGUAGAGAGAUUGAGUUUGCUUAAAUUAGCUUAGCUCCUGGUGGUCACUUAGAUUUGUGUGGUGUGCACUAAAUCGGCUUUCGAGAAGUUGGUAUCGGUUUAUGGUUCGGAGAUGAAUAAAAAGGUUAUGUUCUUCCUAGGGCGAAGAUGGUAAAUGCUGAUCUUGCUUGGAUUAUAUUAAUUCGGAUGAGGUUCAGAGUGUGGUUAGACCGAUUGAGAAGGAUGCCAAGAGCUGUGUUGAAGAAGAAUACUCUUUAAGAAUUUGAAUGUGAUGUUGAAGCUUAACCAUUAUGCUAAGACUGCGGGGAGGAUGUCUUCGUUGGCUGAAGCUGAGAGAGUAAAGUCUGAAAAGGAGAAGCUAGAGAGGAAGAGGAAACCUAUCUCAAAGGAGGAAGUAGUGAAGAUUAAAGCAGCAGGAAAAGCUUGGCACCAGACUAUGAUAUCUGAAAGUGACUACACUGAGUUUGAUAACUUCACCAAGUGGCUCGGUGUGGAACAAGGACAGAACAACAGAGGAAUCGAUGUCAAUGUGGGUGUUGUAACAGAUGUCGGAACUCCAUACUCCGACGUUGCCAUGCUCUGUAUCAACAUGUCUCUCGCUGAUUUCUAUUCGUCUCAUCCUCAAUUUCAAACAAGGCUUGUUGUUCAUGUUGGUGACUCCAAAAACGACGUUGUAGGUUCUGCAGUUGCAGCUGUUGAGCUGAUAAAGAACAAGCAAGUGAAAGCAAUAGUAGGGCCAUGGACUUCAAUGCAAGCUCAUUUCUUGAUCGAGAUUGGCCAAAAAUCACGGGUACCUGUUGUUUCCUACUCUGCAACAAGCCCAUUUCUUCAAUCUCUUCGCAGUCCCUACUUCUUUCGUGCUACAUAUGAGGACUCCUCCCAAGUGCACGCCAUAAAAGCUAUCAUCAAGUUGUUUGGCUGGAGAGAAGUCGUGCCUGUUUACAUCGACAACACCUUUGGAGAAGGUAUAAUGCCUCGUCUCACAGAUGCAUUACAAGAGAUUAAUGUUCGAAUACCCUAUAGAUCUGUUAUCGCUCUAAAUGCUACGGAUCAUGAAAUCUCUGUUGCGCUUCUUAAGAUGAUGACCAUGCCCACUAGAGUCUUUAUUGUCCACAUGUAUUCAUCUCUUGCCUCAAGAAUCUUUGUCAAAGCCAAGGAGAUUGGUUUGAUGGAACCAGGAUAUGUAUGGAUCCUUACCAACGGGGUUACUGAUGACUUAAGUUCGUUAAAUGAGACGGGUAUUGAGGCUAUGGAGGGGGUAUUGGGUGUUAAAACUUAUUUUCGGAAAUCCAAAGAUCUAGAUAAGUUUAGAUCUCGAUGGAGGAAGAUAUUCCCACGGAUGGACCUGAGUGUCUAUGGUUUGUGGGCUUAUGAUGCUACCACUGCACUGGCAAUAGCCAUUGAAGAAGCUGGAACAAAUAACAUGACUUUCACUAAUGUUGAUCUUGGAAGGAAUGUUUCUGAAAUUGAAGCUCUUGGUUUUUCUCUAUAUGGUCCAAAGCUUCUCCAGACAUUCUCAAAAGUUCAUUUCAAAGGACUUGCAGGAGAUUUUCGUUUUGUCAAUGGGCAACUGCAGCCAUCGGUUUUUGAGAUUAUUAAUGUGAUCGGAACUGGAGAAAAGUCAAUAGGAUUCUGGACGGAAGAAAAUAGUCUUGUGAAGAAACUAGACCAGCAACCACAGAGCAGGAGCGCUUUAUCUACUUGGAAAGAUCAUCUUAAACAUAUUUUAUGGCCUGGAGAGGCUGAUUCUGUUCCGAAAGGAUGGGAGAUCCCGACUAAUGGGAAAAAGUUGCGUAUUGGAAUUCCAAAAAGAACCGGUUACACUGAUCUCGUGAAGGUCAUAAGGGAUCCUAUCACCAAUUCACCAACAGUCACAGGUUUCUGCAUAGACUUCUUUGAGGCUGUGAUUCAGGCAAUGCCUUAUGACGUCUCCUACGAGUUUAUCCCUUUCGAGAAACGCAAUGGUAAACCAGCCGGUAAUUACAAUGAUCUGGUCCACCAAGUGUACCUCGGGCGAUAUGAUGCAGUUGUUGGAGAUACAACCAUACUGGCGAAUAGGUCCUCUUACGUCGAUUUCACAUUCCCAUUCAUUAAAUCAGGUGUGGGAUUGAUCGUCCCAAUGAAAGACCAAGUGAAGAGAGACAGUAUCAGUUUCUUGAAACCUCUGUCAUGGAAACUUUGGUUGACAACCUUUGUCUCUUUUUUCCUUGUUGGAUGUACUGUUUGGGUUCUUGAACAUAGGGUUAAUCCAGACUUCCGUGGACCAACUAAUUACCAAGCUAGUACCAUCUUCUGGUUUGCCUUCUCUACCAUGGUUUUUGCUCCAAGAGAAAGAGUGUUUAGCUUCGGGGCGAGGUUCCUGGUUAUCACAUGGUACUUCAUCGUUCUUGUGUUAACUCAGAGUUACACAGCCAGUUUGGCGUCGCUUUUGACAUCACAGCAACUUCAUCCAACCAUAACCAGUAUGAGUAGCUUGCUUGAGAAAGGAGAAAUAGUGGGUUAUCAGAGAACAUCCUUCAUCCUUGGAAAGCUUAAAGAAACAGGUUUCUCACAAUCUCGCCUUGUGCCCUUCGAUACCGCAGAAGAAUGCGAUGAACUUCUGAGAAAAGGACGAGAAAACGGAAAAGGCGGUAUCUCUGCAGCUUUUUUGGAAAUACCUUACUUGAGACUCUUUCUUGGACAAUAUUGCAACACUUACAAAAUGGUUGAAGAACCCUUUAAUGUUGAUGGAUUUGGCUUUGUUUUUCCGAUAGGAUCACCUAUGGUGGCCGAUGUUUCAAGGGCCAUCUUAAAAGUAGCAGAGUCACCAAAGGCGAUGGAGCUUGAGCGUGCAUGGUUCAAGAAGAAAGAAGAAAGUUGUCCAGACCCAGUCACCAAUCCAGAUCCAAAUCCAUCUUUUACCUCUAGGCAGCUCGGCGUCGACAGUUUCUGGCUUCUGUUUCUUGUUGUGUUUGUUUUGUGCUUUCUUACACUCGGAAAAUUCACUGUCUGCUUGCUAUGGACGACCAAAUGGAAGCAUUUGUGGAAAGAGUUUCAGAAACCAGACAACGAUUCAUACAUCAACAAUGUAGAGAAAUGUCCAUGUUCAUUGAGUCGACACAUACCAGUCUCUUUGCUAUGGAAUCAUUUGUGGGAAGAGUUUCCGCAACCAGACAACGAUUCAAACAUCAAUGAUGCAGGAGGGGAACGUCGGUGUUCAUCGAGUCGACAGAUGCCUGAGAACAUUAUACAAAGUCGAGCAACGAACUAGACAUAAAAUCGUUAUCUUUUGGCCACUUUUGAUGCUCUAAAUACAAUAAUUCUUGAUUUUUUUA